AUGGCCGGUCUGCCACUAGAACUGGACAAUUUCACUUUAGAUGACAACAAUGGGACCUGGAAUGUGACAGAAGCGGACCACCCGAGUCAGAUUCUCGGGCUCCGAAUGAGUUUACCGGCCAGUCUCUUGGUUGGGGCCGUCCUCAGCUGUAUCUGCAUCCUGACCAUAGCAGGCAACGUCUUGGUAGUGCUGGCGGUCUGCCUGGAGCGCAGUCUCCGUACCAACAUCGGGUACUUCUACAUCAACCUGGCGGCUGCAGAUCUGCUGCUGGGCUGCCUGGUGCUGCCGUUCUCCGCCACCAGGGAGCUGCUGAACUACUGGCCGUUCGGAGAAGCCCUGUGCGAACUGUGGGCCGCCGUGGACGUGCUCUGCUGCACCGCAUCCAUCUUCAGCCUCUGCGUCAUCAGCCUGGACCGGUACAUCGGAGUCACCCGACCCCUCCACCACAACAUGAUCGUCACCAAGCGGCGAGUCGUCCUCAUCCUCUUCGCCGUCUGGGCAACCUCCGCCGCCAUCUCCGUCGGCCCGCUCUUCGGCUGGAAGCACCCCAAGUCUUAUCAGAACAUGCAGUGUAACAUAAACAGCAGUCCGAGCUACAUCAUCUUCUCAGUCGUCGGCUCCUUCUACGUCCCCGCCUUCGUCGUGCUGUACGUGUACCGGCAGGUGUACCGAGCGGCCGUCAGGGAGACGUCCAAGCUGAUGAUCACGCUCAAGGCCCAGGAGGACAGAAACCAGACGCCGGUGGAAUCCGUCCGGAUCCACCGCGGGAAAGCGUCCGUCACCGCGGAAAAGCGUCUCUCCCCGCCGCGACUCAGUCCCAACUCCAGCAAGCCCCGCAUGGCGAGGGAGGCUCUCAGCUCCGUGAAGAACAGGAUCGAGAAGUUCACGAAGGAGAAGAAGGCCGCGAAGACAGUCGGCAUCAUCGUGGGCGUCUUCCUCGUCUGCUGGCUGCCCUUCUUCGUCAUGUACCCGAUAGACUCGAUGAUAGCGAAGGUGCCGGAGCUCCUCAUCACCAUGGCCUUCUGGCUCGGCUACUGCAACAGCUUCCUCAACCCCAUCAUCUACGCAUGCUCCAACGGCCACUUCCGGCGAGCCUUCCGGCGCUUCCUGCUGUGCGGGAAGAGACAGGGCCGGUUCCCGACCAUGCGCACCGAGGACUACACCCUGUCCAGCCGCUCGUCCUUCCGCCGGGUCCACUCCAGCUGCUCGUCCCGGGACGGCAGCAGGCGGCAGCAGCUCAAGAUCCAGCUGCAGGAACUCACAGUGUCGUGAAGACGCGGCACGAGAAACAACAGGAAACUACUCCGAGCGGCAGCAGAUAUCUUUACUCGUCACGAACAAGCAUCCAUGGCAUCGCGUUUUGGCGGCAAUACGAUCUAACCCACAUCAAACAAGCGGAUGAGAUCAAAAGAUCGGGACUUGAGGUUAACGAUAUCACACCCGCACCAAACAACUAGAUCAGCUCAAAAUCGGGACAUGAGGGUAACGACAUCACUCCGGGAUCCCGCCCUAAACAACCGGAUCAGAUCAGAUCAC